AUGGAUGGAGGUGAUAUAGUUUUAAAGGACAUCACAGAUGGUAUCGUUUCUGUACAGCUUAUGGGACAUUGCUCUGGCUGUCCUUCUCGUAGAAAUACAUUAAAUGCUGGAAUUCUUGGAUGCCUUCAGGAAGAAUUCGGUGAAAAGCAAAUCAUUGAUAUCAAGGAACUCCCUCUUGAUGAAGAAGUAAAGCAGUAG